AUGAUCAAUAUCAAAAAGUUGGAAGAGGAGGAUAAAUUAAAAACUAAAAAGACUGUAGAAGAUCAAAAUAGUAAUUUAUCUUAUUGUAAAAAGAAAAAAAAUUAAAUUGCAGAAGUAAAUUCUAAAGAAUCAGAAUUACAAUCAGUUUAAAAAAAAGUUGAUUCAACUUAUAUUAUAAAUAGAAAAAUAAUAACAAUUAGGGCAGGAAAAAGUACAAUAUAAUUAUAACAUUUAAUUAAUUAUAGAUUUAACAAUAUCCAAAAGCAUUAUAAUUUUCUAAUACUUAUAGGGGUAUAAAUUGCUAAGUUACUGAUAAUGGAAAGGUUGUUGGGUUACCUGGUUAUAGUAGAUGUUAUUGCCUUUAUCAAUAAGCAUUUCAAAGAACUGGAAAAUAAUAUUUUCAUUCUAAAUGCUUAGUGGAACAUGUUUUUUUUAAUGGAAUAGGAUUUAGAAAUAUGA